AGGUUACUCAGGACAUAAUUUUCAGAUUUAGCUUUCAUCUUAAGCAUAUAGAUUAUAAUUAUGAGAAAAAGCAGAAAUACAAAGAAAAAAAUGGACGAAGAACAAGAGGAAGCAGGAUCUGCUGAAGAAGAAGCUGUAGAAAUGGACGAGAAUACCGAGCAUGUGGAUACGACUUCCAAAACUGGUCGCAGUGUACUGAGUGGGAGAGGUGUUACCUUGAAUAUGUUGAUGAAUGAUAAGAUUUUAUGGUCUGGAGAAGGUGUUCUAUCUAUAGAUUAUUUGAUAUCCGAUAAAUAGAAUAGUGAAAAUGAA